AUGCGGUUAGCACAUAUACAUUUCAAUGGGUCGAUAUCAUAUACCCGCUCGCUAGCUUUGCAAAACGCCCUUCUAGAAAGACAUUUCGCGCACAAGGACUUCCUCCGUAGGAACCCGAAGAGGCUCGAGGACGAGAACACUGGUGGAGUUGCUCAGAAAUCGCCGGCGACAUCCCACGAUACGGGAACAUCAGGCAAUGGCGCUCGAGCAGAAGCCCAGGAGACGACACCUCCAGAUCCCACGCUGAUCACUUUCUCCACCACACCCACCUACACCGUAGGGCGACGACACCUCCAGACGAAUCCCAUCUCCGACACACAGCAAUCAUUUCUAUCCGCGUCCGGGGCAGCAACGUUCCAUGCAUCCCCACGCGGCGGACUUCUCACCUACCACGCACCAGGUCAAUUGACCGGGUACGUGGUAGGAGAUCUUCGACGAUUCGGGAUCACGCCGCGGUGCUGGGUGCGACUACUUGAGAACAGCGUAAUGCGGACGUGUGCAGCGUUUGGCGUGGAGAACACCACGCGCACCGAUGACCCCGGUGUUUGGAUCAGGGACAGUGAUCGUAAGAUAUGUGCUAUCGGGGUCCAAGUGUCGAGGGGUGUUACGAGCCAUGGGGUCGGGUUGAACGUGUUUGAUCAUGUUAUUCCUGUUGAUGUUACAGAAAGAUAUGCUUUUACCAAGGCCCAGGUGGCUUCGCCGUCAUACGACCCUGCCACUCGAGGCUAUCUCUCCUGGGGAUUCAGUCGCAUUGUGGCUUGUGGACUGGAGGGGAAAAGUGUCACUUGGAUGGACCGGGAGCGCUCAACCAAACCGGGACCUCUCGCGGAAGUUGUAGAGGAGGUUGUUCACAGGUCGAAGCUGAUGUCUCUGGUUGGAGAUGUUUUCGCCAAGGAGAUCUCGCAGAGCAUCAAUAAGAUGAAGGGAGCUGGGAAGGAGGAAAUUGAAAGCGUGUACCGGCUCGAAGACCCGGAAUCCUGA